UAAGUUGAUCCAUCAUCAGGCGCCAGGUCAAGCAAGUGCUUCAUACUUCGUCCUUAGAAAGCCUGCGCUAAGACCUCACGAAAGCCUUUUGGAUAAUCAACGCGUCGAACUAAAAACCGCAACAUCAGCAUGCAAUCUGACCCGUCAACAUACCGUAGGGUAUCUAUUGAUCAUCAGAAGAAAAUAGGAGAGCAAUUCAUUAAUUACAUCAACCCACGUGAAGGCGAUGUCAUUCUCGACUUCGGGUGUGGUACUGGUAAACUCGCCGCUAUACUGUCGUAUCGAGUCGGGCCUUCGGGAUCCGUCCUUGGAAUAGAUCGGAACACCGAGAGAAUCGGGCUAGCGCGAGAGUCUCACGGAAAUCUCAGUAACCUGUCGUUUGAAGUCGGAGGAAACGAUGACUUUCCGGGCGAGGGAACGGAAUGUUACGAUCUCGUUUUCUCAAACGCUGUGCUCCACUGGAUCCACGACAAAGAAGCGCAUUUUGCUAAGAUAUUUUCUUCACUAAAGAAUGGCGGUAGAGUGGCUAUGAACUAUCUUCACGGGUCUUCACCCUUACAGGUGAAGCUAUCAAAAGAACUGGGUCUGGAAGUCCAACUCGCGAAGUAUCUAAGAGCUGUGAAAUUCGAGAAAAACGACACCAUUAAAAAGUAUCUGGAAAAUGUGGGUUUUAAAGUGCUCCUGGUGGAAAAUGAGGACCACAGACGAGAGUACGAGAGUUUGAAAGACUGGUACGAGUUCAGACAAGCGUCUUCUGAAGGUUACGUAGACUUUAGUUGUGUGGAGGGCGCCAAGUUGGACGAAAUUGAAGCAAGCUUGAUGGAAAAAGGGAAGAUCGUGGACAUUUUUACCACGACGAGGUUAAUAGCUAUCAAAGAAUGAUUUCUGGUGUUGGUCUCAGUGAACCUGUAUACGCAAAACAAUGGAAAACUCUGUUACUGUUUUUUUUAAUAUUGGAAAACAAAUGUGAUGAAAUCUCGAAGUAACAAUUUAAAAGAAAAGUUUAUACUUCAUUUAUCAAAUGCAAUAAAAAAGCUUCCUU